CUUUAUAAAGUCAUUGACUUCGGUUAUGUGCAAAUAACAUCUACUGAGGUUUUGAAGUCCUACAUCUUUAAUGAGCCAAUUGUGGUUGAUGCUGCACGUUUGCAACCCCUUGGCCCUGCGGCCGUCUUUAUGCAAGGAAAUAAGAGGAUGCCCGGGACAGCAAUUACAAAAUCUUUUGUAGCAAAUGAGCCUGGAGGUCGAAAGAGAGGAAAUUUUGUGGAUAUGAUCGAGAAAAUCAGUGUUACAUUUAGCUCUAGUGGAUAUAUACUAACUUCCGAGAUUGAUGGCACUAUUCAAAUGAAAAGUUAUCUUACAGGAAAUCCAGAAAUCCGAUUAGCUCUUAAUGAAGACUUGAGCAUAGGAAGAGGAGGGGGAUGGGUCUAUGAUUAUUGGAGUUCAUAUGGUGCGGCCGUCACACUCGACGAUUGUAAUUUUAAUGAAUCAGUGCGUCUUGAUAGUUUCGAUGUGGACAGGACUCUGGCUUUGGUGAGUGAAAUUUAGAAUAUAGCAGCUGGAAAAUUGUGGAGAGAUUGAAGAGACUGUUAAAUAUCUUUGCAUCGUUUGAGCUCGUGUU